AUGGAAAAUAUUAUACUAAUAAGCUGGCUGAACAAGAUACUACUAUUAUUCUGUAUAGCAAGUAUAUUAUUGUGUUUAAUUAUUCAACAAUGGGUUGGAGUUAUAUCUGUACCUAUAUAUAUUUCACUUUCAUGGACUGCAUUUGUCAUGAUCGUAUCAAUGUGGCUUAGUUGUGUUUUACUUAGAUUUACAUUAAAGAGAACUGUGCCAAUUAAUAUAGAAUUUAUAAAAAAAUGGAUUUAUAAAAGAUUACCAAAAUAUUUAGAGUUAGAAUCUUUGAGCACAACAGAAAAACAUAAGAUUCCAAUAUUAGAAAAUAAAUGUAAUAAUAAAGUACAUAGAAAAGUUAUCAAUACAGAAAAUAUCAAUAAUUUAUCUAAUGGAGAUUCCUUAUCAAAAAAAAAAUAUAUAUAUGUAGAUGAUAUAAUAAGAAAAAUCAACCUUGACUAUAUAGAUGUUUGGUACAAAAAUAUAAGUACUGAUAAAGCAUUUCCUAAUGAAGCCCAAACAUUAUUAAAAAUGUUACUAAUAAAAAUAUUGCAAAAAGUUAAUUCGAUAGAUAAAUUAAAGCUUGCUAACAAAAUGGCUGAUGUAGUAUUAUUACAUUUAAAAGAAUAUCGUAGAGCAUUGCGUAGAGUUGAAAAGGGUACUUCUACAAAUCUAGAGGAAGCAUACAGAUGUUUACAUCCUGGAUCUCGAAGUGUACUAACUUUGGAACAUAUAUUUCAUCGUCUAGUUACUGUUUUAGCUCAAGAAUUUUUACAGUGGGAACUAACUAGUUCAUUACCUUGUAAAUUAUUAGUAUCUAUUUUAGCCAGAAAACUAUUGACAAUGAUACAAACAAUAAGUUGUCCUAAUUGGAUGUUUGAAAGUUUAUUAAAGUUACUGCAGAGUAUAUCAAAAGAAGCCAGCAAACAGUGGACGAAAGAUGAUGACAUUGUUCCUGUAGGAUUGAAUGAUGGUAUAACAUUUGCAAUGACUACGGUAAUUCCACAUCCUCUACUCCAACCUGUAAUUUCUAAUAAGUCAAUGACAAAAUUUAUGCAAGAAAAUCAAAAUUUAUCAUUGCCAAUCAAUAUUGAAAAACAAUCUUUAAGUUUGAAAGGUUUAACAGUACAGCAUAGAGGUCUUUGGGCAGAUGUAAAUAUAUCAGAGAUGGAUACAGAAAUUGAUAAUAACAGAAUAUCACCGAUAUAUGAAGAACCUACGGAUUUUGCCACAACUAUUGCAAGACUAAGAAAUUUAUUACAGCAAAAGUCUACUGCAACUACACCAUUACGUACAGAAGAAAAAUCCUAUGUAAUAUGUGAAGUUAAUCAGUUUAUAAAUUUAUGUAUACCAUGGACAGAAUUUCAUACAACAGCAGAUGGUUCACAGCAAUUAUUAUAUUGCAUUCAAUUUGAUGAUGUUGAACAGCGUGGAGUAGAUUUAUUUGAAACUACAACAGCCACAGUUAAAAGACAACAUUCUGACUUUGUUCAAUUACAUAAUUCUCUGGAAGAGAUACCAUCAAUAGCCAGUAUUGUGUCAGAAUUAGAAUUGCCAGAAGGUGGACGUGUGGAGAUGGAAACUUAUUUACGAAAUCUUUGUAUACGUUUGGCCAAUGAAUGUCCAACGCAAUUAAGACAUUUUUUGCGACCAAGUAGUAAUGCAGGAAAAAAAGCAGAUAUAGUUGCACCACGAUUUGAUAGAUUUUUAGCUAAAACUGUCAGUGGAGUAUUCAAUACUUUAAAAACAGUUGUACCUGGAUUUGAAAUAGAUUCAGAAGAAGAAGUUAUGCCAUUACCAACAUUGAUACCUUUAUCUGAUAUACCAUGGAGAUUCGUAGAAGAUAUUAAAUCAAAAAAUUUAGCAAACGAAUUGCAACAAUUGGUGGCUGAAAGAAUCGAUUAUUGUUCUGUAGAUACAGCAUAUGAAGCAGUUGAUAGUAUGGAAGGCAGUGGAGAUUCUGAAUUAAUGGCAAAUUGGUGGGAUAUAGUUAACACUCCUUACGAUGAAGAAAUGGAAGAAUUAGAUUCGAAAUUAUCUUUAACAUGUGUUGUUAUCGAUUUAAUUUGUGAGGUAUUGACUGGUAUUGGAAGUAACAAUGUGUUACAACAAGAAGCUGUUGUUCGAUGGGCUAAAUUGUUAUUUGGAAAUGUCACUGAACCUCUUAUAGAGAAAAUUAUUUCGAAGUUAUCAGACAAUUUAAGUAAUAUGUCAUUUACAUGUAAUUCACAAAGUAACGUCACAGCAGAAUCUGUUGUACUUGUAAAGGAUAAAAUAUUUGAAAUAUUGCAAACAAAAAUCCCAAGUGAUAUGAAACUUAUUUUUGGAGAGGAAGAUACACAGAAGAUUCUAAAAUAUUUACUUACUUCAUAUGAAAUAAAAAAGAUUAAUCUGGAUUUAAAUAUGCAAAUGUUAGAUGUCUUGAUGUCACAAUUAUUGAUUUCCUGUAAAACAAAUCAUGAUUUAUAUUGAUUAUUAUAUUUUGUGUAACUUGAUGCAACAGAAGUUUACAUAGUAUAAGAAAAAAUUAAUCAAAUACUUUAGUAAUGUAUUAGAAAGAUGCUCUGUGUAUGUGUGUUAAUUGCAUGUUCAUUAAAAAAUGAAAAAUUGUGUACCUGAUCAUAUAUUUGCAAUAAGAAAUGUCAAGUAUUUAUUUAGUAGUAUCUCUUGCAGAAUAAUAGAUAAUAAGGAUUAUAUAUAAUUUGUAAAUCAGUAUGAUGUUUCUAUAUCAAUGUUUAAUAAUAUGAAUAUUUAAUGAAUCAUC